UAAAACUUGUUCAAAAACAAUUAAAACCUCUGUUUAAUUAAUAAUUUAUGUUUAAUUACUUACACUUAGUUUUGUUUGUUGUUGGCUGGUUCAAUGGCAACUAUACAACAGUUAUCUAAAAGUGCUGAUACAAUUGAAUUAACCGAAGCACUUGUAUUGACUAGAACCCGUUCUCAAGACUUGGAAAGCGUCCGUAAAUUAAACUGCUGGGCAUCCAAUGUUGGAGAUGUCAGUGUUGUACGACGCCUACCUAACCUUGAGGUGUGCAGCCUUAGCAUUAAUAAAAUAACUACUCUACGUGACUUCGCCCACUGCUACAAUUUACAGGAGUUGUAUGUAAGAACUAACAAUAUCCAGCGACUUAGUGAUAUUCACUAUCUGAAAAACUUGAAGAAACUUCGUUCUCUGUGGUUGUCAGAAAAUCCUUGCGCCAAUGAAGAGAAUUAUAGAAUGACAGUUUUGAAGACACUUCCAACCUUGCAAAAACUUGACAACAUUGUGGUCACAGAAGAGGAAGUAUUGGCAGCAGCCACAGAAGGAGAUGAUUUGCCAGUCCCUGAUGACUUUUCUUACUCCAGUGUGUUUGAUAGCGUCACGCAGGAAGAAGACAACAAAGAUGUUAGCGUCUCUCAGUCAUCAGAAAGGUGGGCCUCGGCCAGAAGGAAACGCCAGCAGAAGAAAAGAGAAGAUGAUUUGAAAGAAAGACUGAGGCUGAGCUCUGAAGACAGCCGCAGCAGUGGGAAGAGUGAGGAGGAUUGUGGGAAGAGUGAGGAGGAUUGUGGGAAUUUGAAAUCUAGCAAUGAGUGGGUCAAAGAACCGGAAGACGUCAGCCCGCAGAGUGAAGAUGAUGUUAGCAAAGAUGUGGGUGAUGAAAAAAGUAAUGGGGAUGGAGUUAAAGAUAAGGCACUAAAUGAUUCUACGACAACUUGGUCUCUUAACUUAGGUGAACUGAAAGGAUUGCCGGUAGAAAAUAGAAGCAGCACUGAUGAGGUUGAUGAUGUUUGUAAGGGAGGGGAAGACAACAAUGGUCUUGAAGAAACCAAAAAUGGGGGUCUUGUGGAAAAUGAAGAUGGGGGUCUUGAAGAUAACAAUAACACAGAGAUAUCAUGUUUUGAAUCCAAUGUUCUCUGUGCGGGUAUUCUAAAAGAUUUGUGUGAUGGGCUCCACUGUGACAGUAACUGUGUUGAUUCUGUGAAUGUAAACAAGACAGUUGUGUGUAGUCAGGACAGUCUUAGCCCGGAAUCUGUUCUAGAACACAAACAUGAAACUAAAGAAGAAAAUCUCGAAGUUCUUGAACAUACAGAAAACAAAAGAGAAGUAUUUAGUGAUAAUUUAGAUUCUGACACUUUCGGAAGUAACCUCAACAAUUCAGCGUCUAACGCUGUUGUGUCUAAGCAGCCCUUGUUGGAUAAAAUCAGACUUGAUGAUUCACUAAUGAUGGCAGAGUCUGUGGAUUAUGUCAGGAGCUCAGUUGACCAGCUAGAGCUGCAGGACAUUUCUCAAGAGAUCAGCUCUACAGUGGUGUCAAGUUCAAGGGCAGAUCACCCCGAACACUCUUUGAAAUCAAAACUCCAAACAAAAGAGAGCAAAGAUCCAGUGAACUGGGAAGAAUACAACCGGCUUCGAGUUGAGUUUGGCAUGAAACCAGUUGAGAAAAUAACUCCCACGGUCAGGCCUGUGUCAGCAGAUGUUGCAAGAGCUAGGAAUUCCAAUAUAUUGCAAGCUGUACUGAGCCUGGUUAAAGAACUGGACAAGGAUAGUUUGGACAUUGUGGCUGGAGUUGUUAAGGCUAGACUAGACUGUUUCUAGUGGCUAUGUGUGUUGUACUUAUUUAAGAUGUUAUACCACCAUUCAAAUGAAAGUGUGAUGUUCUUAUUAUAAUGGCACUCGUUACUGACAUUUUAACAAAUGUAUGUUGGGCUGAUGUUUUACCAACAUAAUAUUCUUAAGAUAAUUAACGCCAGUUACUAACAUCGAACCAAAUGUAUGUUGUAUUUCUAAGAUUAAGAUGUUAUACCAACAAACAAAUUUCCUACAAUGUUUAGCAUUCCUGGUUGGAUGUUUGCAAUAAUGUUCAAACAUUUCAAAAUUUAUAUUAAAAAUAUUUUUUUUUUAAUCCA